AAAGAGCCAUUUCAUAUUUAGUUAUUCUGUAUUCAGCCAAUUAAAAAAAUCAUUCCAAAAAUGAAAUUUAAAAUAAAUAAUAUUUUAAUUUGUACAUGUUAUUACAUUUUUUUAACAAUUGCAAAUACUCAUGCAGACACUGAUACGCCUACAAAGAAUGCUGCUGCACCUUUAAAAAAAAGUGAUUUGUGUACAAAAUGCACAUGCGAUCAACCGAACAAUUUAAUCGACUGCACGAGCAACUUGAGCAGUUGGCUUUCCAAGGACGAAUGGGAUUUCUUAAUCGACGGAGACUUUGCCCUAGAAACUAUCAAGCUCGAUCACAACAAUAUUAGCAAAAUCCCAAUUUUGAAAACAUAUGCUGUAAAACAUUUGUACUUUGGCAAUAACGAGAUAGAUUCAAUAGCCAUUGGCGCCUUUCAAAAUUUAUCUGACUUGACAAGCCUAGAUUUGUCGCAUAACAAAUUAACUUCAAAGGUUUUGCUGCCAGAUGUUUUUAGAGGACCCUAUACAACAACGGACUAUAAGGCAUUAGUUAAUAUGAAAUCGCUCAAUUUGGGACACAAUGACCUGCAUUUUUUGGACGCAGAUUUAUUUGAGCAUAUUCCAAACCUAGAAGAGCUUAUUCUAUGCUCAAAUAAUUUUCAAUUAUUGGAUGGACUCUCAGAAGUGGCAAUUUCAGGCUUAGGAUCAUUGAAGACAUUAGAUAUUUCAUAUAUGGAAUUAGCAACAUUGCCACAAACAAUUCUUCAUGGGCCACGAGAUCUUGAGACUUUUAUAGCAGCUGGAAAUCUGUUCCAUGAACUGCCAAAAGCUUUAACAUUUGCAAAGAACUUAGCCAGUCUUGUCUUGAAUGAAAACCCAAUUGAAGAUCUCCAAGGCGAUAACCUAUUUCCUGUGAUGACUAACUUAAAGUAUCUCAGUAUGUCUUACAUGCCAAAGCUGCGCCAUAUCGGAGCUGGUGCUAUGAGUGGAUUGCAGAACCUUACCGAACUAAUCUUGUCUGACAACAAGUUUCUAGUAGAAAUCGAUGAGCUCGCCUUUGCAAAGAACCUGACUGAUGGACAAUAUAUGAACUAUCCUCCAUUGGAAAAAAUCUACUUAAAUAAUUGCAACCUGACAGCAAUAUCAAGGUCAUUACUUGUACGCUGGGACAAACUUGCCGUACUUGAUCUUCGAUUUAAUCCAUGGAACUGCGAAGAAUCGAAUGAUUAUUUAAUCAGCAUCCUUCUGCCACAAAUAAAUACAACAACUCCACUUCUGGCAAAAAAUGUACGGUGUGAGACACCCUCUGAAUUGACAGACGUGGAGGUUUUAAGUGUAGCGACGGAUCGCUUAAGUGGAAAUACAAGUGGCAGUAGUAUUUUCUGGGUCGGUCUGCUAGUUUUUAUACUUAUUGCCUUACCGAUUACAUUAGGAAUUGUUGUAUUAUAUAGACGUGGCUGCUUUACUUUACAUAAACAUGACGGGGCUUCCAGUAGUGCUCUAUAUAACAGAGCAAGGUUCAAUGACGAUUUUCAAAUUUAAUUACGUUACAUAUUAACAUAUAUUUAUCAUACCCAAAAA